AUGGCAGAAGAUAGAGACGCCGUUACGAAUGGAGUGAAUAGUGAAAACUUGAGAGAGAAGCUUUUGAAAGAAUUAAAUGUUUCUCUGGAAAAGGCCCAACAAGAAUGUAAACGAUACGAAACUACCAAGACAAGACUCAAAGAGAUGGCAGAGAAUGAAAUGCGGGAACUAUACACCAAACAAGAAUCUGAUGAUAGAGAAGAAAGUGUGAGUGGUGCCAACGAGUACCAGAGUGUUUCAUCCGAUUACCAGAGUAGACCAGUAGAUUACCAGACAGCGAAGGAGUACCAGAGUGGACCGGUAGAGUAUCAGCCAGCAAAGGAUUACCCGGUUCAGUCCGAUUAUUCCUCCCCUAUACCACCGACCCCGGAUUAUCAACCGGUAAAAGAGUUUCAUACAGCUCAUCAAGAAUACCAGACUGUCCCAGAGUACCAGACUGUACAACCAGAGUUUCAGAGCGUCCAGCCUGAAUACCACUCUGUUCCCCAUCAACCUUCCACACCUCAGCAGGCCACUCGUUCCCCAAAUUAUGGGUCCCCGACACAUCGGGUGGUUCCUUUGAGAAGAACUGAAAGUCGAACAUUUGUGCCUGCACCACCACAACAAAGAUCAGGUUCGCCGUUAAACUUUCAGCCUCAGAACUAUCCAAGGCCUCCUCCAACCAGUUACCGACAGAACGUAAACCAACCUAUCAAUCAGACACAACAAUACCGACCUCAGCUGCCAAGAAGAGAGGAAUCUCAAUCACCAAAUCAAGAAUACCAAAGAGUAUACAUCAACCAGCACGAAAAGAAACCAAUAAAUUUCAGUCCAGUACAAAGAGAUUCACAGCCUCAACCGCAAACACAGCCUCAGUCACCUCAAAGUCCUCAACCUCCUCCCAUACAACGGCCUACUCCUCAACAGGUUGUAAGAAGGCCAAACCCCUGGGCUCUCUUAAAACAGAAAUUACCCGCCGACGUAAGACAACAAUUUAUCCCAGUAAGACGUCCACAAUUUGAAGGAAGAGCGAUGCAGUCUCCCGAUCAAGGCAUGAUUCAGAGACCUCCAGGAGAUGGACAGCCUAUUAACACAACAGUGAAUAAAGGAGGUAGUCCAAAUCCAGGAACUCAAAGUCAAAACCCAGUGGUGCAAAGUCCACCUCCUAAUCCUUUGUACAAUGGAAGACCACCUUCUGGGAAUCCGCCCCAGAAAAUGGGGAUUCCAAUGCAAAGACCAAUGUCACAAGAAGGAAGAGAAAGUCCCUCUCCGAUUCCCGGGCAAGGAAUGCAAAGAGUCAUGAGUGGGGAAAGAAGGUCUCCAUAUGAAAUGCAGAGGACUGAUUCUAUGAGGAAUAUUGACCCUCGAAGUAUGCCAUCACCACAGCCAGGAAUAACUCCUCCUCAAGGCAUGUAUUCUCCUAGCCCCACACGACCUCCUGGACCUCCCAGAACCCCUAGGCCUGCCGGAGAUGAUGAUGACGAUGUUAUUUAUAGCCAAGGAAAUGACUCUCGUAUGAAUUUGGGGCGAGGGCAAACUCCACCAUUGAGACCACCCAGUGCUCCCAGACCAGGUCCUUUAUCCCCAGAUGUGAACAGAGAAAUGAAUUCCCCAAGACCCCUAUCACGCACGGAAAGCAGACAAAGUUUCGAGGUAAGAAGUCCAUCAGGAAUGGAUAAUAGAGGAGAACCAAAAUUAAUGACAAGAGACAGUCCUCUCUCCCGUCCAAUGAGUUCUGCUGAUCUUGCAAGAACUCCUUUUCAGUUUAGACCCGAGAGCCAGCACACUCCACCAUCCUCUCCUAAACCAGAAUUUCAGAGUCCUAAGCCUCCCAGCAUUUCCCCUCAAGAAAGCGUUGAUCGUCAAAAAGUAGAAAGUAGAAGCUCUACCCCUCAAAAUCCCUCAACAACCCCAAGAAUUACUCCUGAUUUAAGACCUACUUCAAAAAAUGAUGAUAAACAAGAUUCUGGAAAGCUAACUCCUGUAAGUGGUGGGGAAAGCAGAAAUCCAUCUCCUCAGGCCUCGUUUGAUUUAUCAAGACCAGACAGUAAACAGGAUAUUUUGACCGACAAAUCUCCCAUAGCAAUGUCUCCCAUUGUGAAGUCUGGUGAGCCCUCUCGCUCAGGGACUCCCAGUUCUCUUGGUGGAAAAGAUAUUCAGCAGAAUGAUCCUAAGAGUCCAAAUGCUUCUCAGAGUGUUACACCAACUCCUAGCAAACUGGGUAAUGAUUCUGGGACCGGAACACCCCUUCCUGAUAAGGACAGUGGGUCGGUAACUGGUUCAGUUCGGGAAGAAAGUCCUGUGAAAACUCCUGAUAGAAUAUCCACUCCAGAUUUGAGUAAAAAAGAUAUAGAAAGACCCAAAUCAUUGAAGAGAUCUCCUUCCUUGAAGCAGGAUCUGGCUAACAGUCCUGACAACGAAGGAAGGAGAACUCCCUUGGCAAGGACUCCCUCACGAACUUCCUCUGCAGGCAAAGGAAAUGAUGAUAAGUCACCUUUACAGAGGAAAGCUAGUGGGAAAAGACCAAAAACACCAAAAACACCAGAUGGUGACCACGACAGCGGUGUAGAUGAAACUACUCAAAGAAAAGAUGGCCCGACGACGAAUGGUGAUCUGGGCUCACCGUCCAAGUCCCCCUCAAAGAUCCCGGCACCAAAGAGACUGUCCAUGCCUUCACCAACGAAAUCCACCAAGGCUUCUCCAAAAACGCCCGAAGCUCCUCCGACUGCUGAUAAAAAGAAAGUUCCUAUGAACAAAAUUCAAGUGGGUGCAGCUCCCUCACCGAACUUGAAAACGGUCAAGUCGAAAAUCGGCUCCUUGCAGAACACGACCCACAAACCUGGAGGUGGGAACAUCAAGAUUGAGAACAGGAAGUUGGACUGGAGAGCUGAACCGAGAAUAGCGGCCAAGAAUGAUGCUUAUCAGCCAGGUGGAGGUGAUAAGAAGAUUCAGCAAGUGAAGCUACAGUGGAACGCCAAGUCCAAGAUAGGCUCACUGGAAAAUGCUACGCAUAAACCGGGAGGAGGUGAGAAGAAAAUUGAGAAUGUCAAGCUGGAUUUCAAGGACAAAGCCAAGCCUAAGGUUGGCUCCAAAGACAACAUCAAACACACUCCUGGUGGAGGAAAUAUCAAGACACCCUCCCAGGACGGUUCUGCUGAAGCCAACUCAGGAGAUAUAGAGGACCACAAAUUGGACGUAAAGGCCCAAAGUAAGAUAGGGUCACUGGAUAACGUGAAGCACAGACCAGGUGGUGGGGAUAAGAAAAUCUUUGAUGACAAGGACUACCUGAGGCAGAUGAGCGGGACUACGAGCAAGGCAGGCAGUGAGGGCAUACCGUCCGGCACUCAGGGUGAUGACGGAUGGAGCAGUGCAAAUACGUCCCGAAGAACCUCUCGAGACCGCAAACGCUCCGGGGACCGGCGAUACCGUUCGGAGUCACGACUGGGCUUGCGCACACCGGAACCAAGGGUGAGUCCCAAGGAAGAGCACUGCAGCCUAAGGGAAAAAUACAAUUUGCAGCAGCAAGAGAUACUGCAGGAGGCAGAAGCACUAACGAAGGAAGCAGAAGCGCAUGAGCUGGUAUCCCCCCUGAGGCCGACAUCAUCAGCGUCCGGACAGACCAUGACGCGGGACAGUAGUGAGGACAAGGAUCUCAACUCCAACCAAACAAACAGCCAGUCAGACACCUCUGAAACUAAAAGAGAUGAAGAAACAAUUAUCAGUACCAUUGCAAAACCCCAACUACAACCAACCACGGCAACUACAACGGAUAUGGAUAAACAGAUCGAGGCGUCAGAACAAGAAACUUUACCCGAUAUUUCUAAGAUCGAGGAAAAAAUACUGCCAAUAACUCCAGAAAAUAAAAGUUCAGUAGAAGAAAACAGUUCACAAAAAGAUGUAGCAGAAAUAAGCGAUACCGAAGAAAUCAAAAAAACAAAUAUAGAAGAAAAUAAAUCUAUCGAAAGUAAUGCGAAUACCACAAUGGAUAGUGAACAAAAUGGAAAUCUCACACAAAAAAUACAUGAAAACACAACAAAAACCGAAUCAAAAGAAGAUACGGUAAAAGAAAUAAAAGAGGUCGAUAGCAAAGAAUUUGAAGCAGGUAAGCAGUCAGACGCAAACACUAAAGACGAUAAGGAUAAUCAGCAAAAUCAGCUUGAUAUCAACAAUACUAAAACUGCAGCAGCGGCAGAUAACAUGAAUGUAACAAAUAGUCACAGUCAAAUUGGAGAUGAAGCAACUAGAUCAUAGACGUUACAUGCUCUUUUGGAAUAAUGUCCUUUCUAAUAUUUUUGUUCUAGUGUUCAUCAGAAACAAUUUAACUAUCACUAGUCUUGUCGAAAAAACGGAAAUUUCAAUAUUUGUUAAAGUAACUUAACAUUCCAAUAUAAUGCCAAAGGUAUACAUUUUAAUAAUGUAUUCCUCUUUGAUAUUUACCUUACUCAAGACUGCAAAGUUGCGAGCGAUGAGUUUUAUAAUGAACAUAAAUAAAUAUGAUAAAAUAAUGUUCCUCUCAGAAUUUGUUUUACACAGCAUUUGGUAUUGUAAAAAUUACUCAUGUAACUAGAUUUAGAAUCCUUUUACAUUAAUACUCUUCCCAUUCACAAAGGAUUUGUUGUAAUUUAUCAUAGCUUCAUUAAUGUAAUGAAUUUAUAAUUUUGUAAUAGGAAUUUUCAACAAAUGUUAAGCUUCUCCUGUUUUAUUUACAGCCGUUACAUAUAUUCAUACAAAUAAGUACUACUCAUAAAACUUCGAAAGUAGUACUUAGCAUUGUAGGCUACGUAAUUUUACUUGCAAAAUGUAUUACUAAGAUUUAAUAAAAAAAAUUGUGUUGCUAAAUUAAUGCUACUAUUUUUAUGAGUAACUUAUAUAUAUAUAUAUAGGAAAGUUAUUGGUUUAAAAUUUCGCCCAAGAUCCUUUUAUAGACCGUUAUUGUGCACUUUAAAAGGUAAAAUUGCUUAUAAAAACAUGUUUUGUUACUAAUAAUGUUACUUUUAAAAAUUAAUUUAAAGGUGUACGUGUAUUAUUUGAAAUAAAAUCAACGCUUUGGUGA